UUUGUAGUUCAAUAGAUCCAAUCUGUAAAACUAUUUCAUAUUAUUGUUGCUUGUUUUAAAUAAACAUGCCGGUCAGUCAAAAUCCAAAAGAGUGUGGGUGGUUUUAUCAUGCUCCAGCAAAAAAACAGAUUGGUCCCAAGGUGGACUACCCAGCUCCUUCUAACAUACCAGGACUUGGGUUUGAUGACCCAGCAUCGACCCAAAGACCCGAAGUCAGAGAAAUGGUGUUCAGAGAAACAGAUUCUAAAUAUAUCCGCAUGGCCAAGAUGGGAGGAAGAAAAGAUUUGUUGUCAUUCAAGCCAAUCACUAACCACAAAGUUUCCGAUGGUCCAGUGGGCUACCCCAGGAAUGAUUGGUUUUAUUUAGAAGACAACAGAUUAGAGGAUGAAACUGAAAAACCAAAGCAACAACAGCAGUGGGAGUUUCUUUUGCCUGAAUAUAUGGUACACAAAAGCUACAAGCCAUCCUUUGAAGAUCCAGAGGUGAGGCCUACCCGCAGUGCUGCCCCCUAUCACACAGAAGUAAACUCUGUGAUAGAAGAGGGGAGAGCAGCCACAGACAAAACUGUUCGAAUUCCUGAGCUGAGAAAACAAGGGUAUGGAGUAAGAAAUGAGAAGCCAGCACGCCCUGCCCAGAAGCCCCCAGUUAGAGAGAAACCAGUCAAACCCCAGGAGUCUGAGAACUGGCAGGGGCAGCAGGAGAGGAAGAGCAAACCACAGAUGUUAGUACCAAGUGAGAAAGAAGAGCCAACGAGCAUGAGCAAGCUGCUGUCAGGUGACUACGAGAGACAGUGGUACUCCAAGCUAUCAGAGCUGCAGCACCAGGAGCCUCAGGCCCAGCCCAGGGCUGCUGACAGUGAGAGGCAGGCUGGAACUAGUCAGACAAAAACAGCAUCUGCGACCCACAGACGGGCCAGGUCAGAUAUCCACCCCAACAGUGCUCAGAAAACAAAGACCCAUGAGGAUGAGGAUAAGGAGCUCUUCAAACUGUCCAGGUUCAAGAAUGUUUCCAGUAAAGUAGACACGUACCAGAGACCAGAACUUUUGACAGCUGCCAAUUAAAACAAAAAACUGUUUGCCAUAUUGUUUCAAUGAAUCCAUCCAUCUUUGUUCCACAAUAACUAUAUAACAUCUAGUUUUAAUAAUGAGUAAAUUUUCAUUUUUGUAACAUCUUUAUUUUAAAUUUAAAUAUUUUUUUAAAAUCACUUUUUAUUAACUAAAAGUAUUACAAAUGAAUAUCUUUUUUUUGUAUGUUGUUUUACUUGUUGCCCAAUCUAGUAUUAUAUUUUAGCAUUAUUCUAGAGCUAGUUGUUUCACUACAAUCACUUUGUGUGGGCACAGUUUAAAUCUCUGUAAAUCAUGAACAGGGCAUGCCAAUAAGAAACAAAACAAGAAUGACAAAAACAUUUGAUAGUCUUAUACAAUCUUAUAUUAGAUAGUUGAAAAUGUUUACAAAAAGUAUUAUCAAAAGUCCUGAUAAUUUCUCUGGGAAAUAUUUCAGCUAAAUAAACUUUAAUUUAUUGAAUACUCAAAUUUAUUUCGACACAUUCCUCACACACUGUCAAGGCUUAAAAUAUAAAUAUAAAUACACACAUGCACAUAUAUAAACAUACAUAUUAAAUAUACUAAUAUGUGUGCAUAUGUUUCUUUAAAUAUAUAUUUUUACAUAGGCCUAGAUAUGUAUAUUUACUAAUUUAUCCUAUGAUUAAUUUACUUGUACUGCUUUAGUAACUAUGAAGCAUUUACUGUAUGCUUUGAUUUUCUACAGUAGGUCUAUUAUGCAGGCACUGUAUUUUUUAAAUACAAUCAAACUCAACUACAUGUUUAUAAAUGAUGAAUGCUCUUCCUGUAUGUAAAAUAAACAUUCAUCUUGACCUAACUA